GUCUGUUCCACGUUCGUCCGCCAUUAUAUAGCGCCGUGGCGACGUACCCGCUAUUCCCCGGUGAGAGAAGAGUGCGCGACGCGACGCUUACCGACGCUCGGCGUCGUCGAGCGAGUCGUUCGUGCGAAACGAACGAGCGAGCGAGCGAACGAAUCGGGGGAGUAACUAGCCGAAAACAGGUAGUAACGCCAAGCAUUGCCCGUGUGAUAUAGCCGAGGAGAGAUUCUCUCCCCCGUGUGUGAUCGCGCGAGCGAGCGCCGAGAGAGCUAGAAGCGGGGCCCCACGCCGUCACCGAAGCGGAGACACCGGCUGUCGAAGACAUGGAGAAUAGGCCGUCGCCGCUUCGCUCGCGGCGCGUCUGCCGAUUCUGCCUGACGGAGGCGGAACCGUUGAGCUUCAUCUACGAGCGCGACCACAACAAGCCGUUCCAGGUGCCGCUCACAUUGCAAAUCAUGUCCUGCGUCGCCAUCGAGGUGUAUGCUGCGGAUGGGAUGCCACAAAUGAUUUGCAACAUGUGCCGCUGGAAUCUGGAUCGUUCUUACAAAUUCAAACUGCAAUGUAAAAAGGCUGAUGAAGCGCUGCGGGACUACCCUCUGUCCGGGGUAUUGCCUAGACCCUUCCCACCCAUCCCCAACGACCCACCGAUAGAGACUGGUAGCAAGAGACCCGCCGAGUCUAGAUUGCAACACGACAGCGCUAAAAAGCUACGCUCCGAUAGCGAGAAUCAGAGAGAUACUCGAGAGAGACGCGAGACGAGAGAAAGAGAAGAAAGGGAAAGAGAGAGAGAAAGACAGAAUGAAAAGAAGGAUAAGUCUGGCGAUCAGCGCCAUGAUCUUUAUGAUGAGGAACAAGACGGAGGUAGCGAGGGUGAACAAGAGGAAACAAACAACACCAAGGAAGAGAGGAAACUGGAACCCGGAGAGAUCAGAGUACAUGCGUGUGAUCAGUGUGAUCGCACAUUUCCCCUGCGUCAAGCUCUGGCGUUGCACAUUCAGCGCGCACAUCGCGAUCGCAACUAUAAGUGCACCGAGUGCGAUCGACAUUUUUUCACUAAAUACGACCUCGGCAAACAUAUGAGUACACAUUCUGAGGAAAAGCCGUUCUCGUGCUCGAUCUGCCAGAAGCAAUUCUCGCGACUGAACUUGUUACAACGUCAUGAAAAGGUGCAUCGGGAUGAAGCCCGCUAUGCUUGCCAGCACUGUGAUCGCGAGUUUUUCACUACGGAGGAACUCGAGAAGCACGAGGACGCGAUGCACAAAAAGGACAAACCGUUUCAGUGCAACAUCUGUAACAAGCGUUUCCAGUACAAACAGGGCUUGGAGCGGCACGAGAUGCUGCACAGCGAGGACAAAACAUUCGUUUGCGAUUACUGCAAGGAAGCCUUUCACACUAGCACCAAGCUGGCUCGGCAUCUUUCCACGCACGCCGGUCACCGGCCAUUCAUGUGUAAACUAUGUCCGCGCACGUUCUUACUCUCCCAUCACUUGACGAGACACAUGCGUACUCACUCCGUGGAGAAACGUCAGUGCGAAGAUUGCGGUAAGGCGUUUAAGCGUAAAGAGAGUUUGGAGGUACAUCAAUUGACGCAUACAAAGCGCACAGGAAUGGGCCUGACCUGCGAUGUUUGUCAAGAAUCUUGUCGUAAUCGCGCCGAUUAUGUUACUCAUAUCAAGCAACACAUUGAAGCGGGCGAAAAGAUGGGACCGGAUGGUCUGCAGCCUGACAACAAGGCUAAGUCCAUCGAACUAGAUUCGGACGAGGAUGAAGAGGAAGAGGAUCAAUAUUCGGAUGGCGACGACGAUUACACGCCGCCAGCAUACAUCGCGAAGAAACUGCCGAAGGCACUGCCUAGACCUUCGGAAAGUGAAGAAGAGGAAGAAGAAGAAGACAGAGAAGAGAAGGAAGAAAAAUCUGAAAGGCAAGAAAAGGAAGAACGCAAAGAACAUCAAGUGGUUUAUGUGCGCAGCAAGGAUGGCAACAUGGUGAAGAAGACCAUCAAGACAUUGAUGCCAAUCCAACGUUGCGAUAUUCAAGAGCAGAAGACCGUAAAGCAGAGCGUUUCCACCGCUUCGGUUUCUCAGAGCAGCUUGAAAGGUUCUUCGACGUCGCAAAUCAAGGAUGAUAACAUCAAGAGCGGCCGCGUAGAUGAGACCGAGGCACAAGUGCAGAAGAUUGUUGCUACGGUAUUUAAGGAGCACAAGAUUCCACUGAAAAAUCAGCAAAACGCCGGCCAGGAUCAGUCUAAAGACUCAUCAGCUCCAGUGACGAGAUCCCAAACUGCUUCUCAGGAUACUCACAAGGAUAACGAGAAGACGGAGACCAUUGAAUCCAAGCCGAAAGCCGUUAAUACGGUUAAAGUGAUUAAAAGAAUCGUGCUGAGGAAGUCGGCGGGAGGAAACAGUAACGAGGGAACACCGGUCAGUACAUCUACUGUCAAGGAUGGAGAAACCAGCAUAACUGGCACUCCGGGUUCGCACAAGGUCAAGCGCGUGAUUGUUCGUAGAAUUAUCCGGCAGGGCGAUACUACUCGUGAAGUCAUCAUGAAUCCGGACGGCACCGCGAUAGAUCCCGCAGAAUUGGCGAAAUUGCCGACUGGUAACGUAGUGAAACGAGUAGUGGUAAAGCGUCCAUUCGACAAGGGUCAGAGCUUGGUGCAAGCGGUAUUGCAAUCCGCGGAGCAACGUCAGAAAGCAGCCGAUACGGGCAUUCUGAACGAGAAAUUUGAACUGAAGACCUCCGCCUCAUCCAGCAGCGGAGCAAGUAUACCGAAGAGCUCGAUCGCUCCGCAGAAGACACAGAUAAUUUCCCAGGGUCAGGAUCAAGAGACCAAGGAGAAACUGGAACAACUGGAGAAGCGAGUCGAGCAACAGAGGUUGAAGAUCGAGGAGCUUCAGGCAAGGAAGGCGCAACAAGAUUAUGAGGCGAUUGAUGAGAUGUUGCCCGAACGACACGAUGAGUCUGAAGAUGAGCAGCAGUUGCCGCUCAAGAGGGUGUUUGUGAAACGAAAGCAGAGUAUAUAUGACGAGGAGCGAGAAUAUAAUGAUGACGUGGAAACAGAAAUGACGAAAAUCAAUCCGACUCAAGGAGUGAAGGAUGAACAAGAAUCAGCGAAGGAAGAAGAGAAAUUUACCAUAGAAGAGACAUUGGAGAAUGUUCAAAAGGAAAUCCAGAGCGCGUCGAAAACAACGACGACAACUACUAUCGACAACAUUACUACCACAAACAGUACACCGAUCCCGAAGAAGGGUCCGACGAUUUCGAGUAACAAGGUAUACUCGAACAAGCGCUACAUGAUCGUAAAACCUGGCGAAACGUCGGAAGUAGAGGAGAUGAGUCGCGAAUUGUGCAGCAUCUUAGAAACUACCGAUAGCGUGGUGAAGAUGCAAGAAACUAUGCUGAGCAACCUCACGCAAAUUUCCGGCAUCGCAGCGUCAUCAGCAUCGGACAUAAACACCUCAAGCACGUCUGCGAAGCUGAAGACCGACAACUCAUCCAUGGAGGUUGACGAGCAGAUUGGGCAAGAUUGCGUGAUGCAGGUGGAUUGUGACGUUGCUACUAUCAAGCAAGAGACCGCGAUAGAGGUUGAGGUGGCGCAGGAGACGGAAAUUAAAUUGGAUCCUGAGACGGAGGAGCCUGCACAGGUGAGCGUUACGCAAGAAGAGAAUCAGCCUGAUAACGGAACUCUAUCACUAGACACACAGGAUCUUUCCGAGACCGCUUCGAUCUUCGAGUCAUCGGAUGACGUACUGGAGGUGCAGAAAUCGACGAGCGAUAACUUGAACGAUUCUGUUAUUGAGUUGCAAGGUAAUGAAUCUGUCAUCAAUCUGAAUGAUACCAACGAUAGUCAGGACAGUUUGGAAGACAAACUCUCACAAAUGGAAGGUUAAAAAAGUUUAAUUCUGUUUUACUUGUUUGUCCAUUUUGUUGAGAUGUUGCGCCAAGUAAAAAUCGUGUUCUCGAAUUUGCUCUAUCCGAGGCCCCUUGUACUAUUGGUAAUUAAUUUUGAUAAUAUCAAUAUGCAUCAUGCUAUUUAGGUAAUAUCAAUAUUAACAGCUCUGAUUAUGAAGCGUAUUACUGCUGAAUUGAUGUUGUUUUCAUAAUUGUAUCAACAAAAUACAAAACAGAUAAUGUAAUAUUGCAGUUAUGAAGCAAGUAUAUAUUUAUCUAAUAUUUACUUACUAAUAAUAUAAUAGUAUUUUUUAACUUUAUUUUUUGAAUACAAAAUGAUUCUAAAAUUCUUUUUGCAUGUAAAAUUAAUAUUAAUUUUAUUGUAAUAACAAAAUGCAACAAAAUUAAAAUUUUGAAUUAAAAAGAAAUUUUAUUGCAAUAACAUUGCAAUAAAUAACAAUUAUUAUUACAAAAUAUAUAGUUUUAUUUUUUUAAUAUAAUUCUUUGCCCGCUUUUGCAAAAUGUUAAAGAAUAUCUUUAUAAUUUUACAAAAAAAUAUUUCUGAAAGAUAUAUGUAAAUUUUUAUAAUGAAUUUAUAUAGAGUUCCUUUAUAAUUAUCUGUUUUAAGUUUAAUGCUAAUUUCCCAUCGUGCAAGAUAGACUGAUAGCAACAACAAUUUAUAUCUGCUAAACUUUAAUAUUAAAAAACGAAUUUGAUAAAUGUAAGAAUCGUGAAAUUAUUUCGUUAGCUAAAACAAAUGCGCAAAAAAAAAUUUACCAAGAAAUAAUUAACGUGUAUAUACAUUUUUCUCACGGCUUUAAUUUUCGAAAAUCGAGAUCGAAAAUCAUUCGAUGGGUCCACUUAUAUUAAAGUUAUUUUAAAUCUCAAAAAGAUCUCUUUAUUUCAAAAAUAGCAUAAAGUAUAUUUUUAAAAAUCAAGAUAAGAGCAAGAGAUAAACUGGGUAUCAAAAGAUUGGAAGUUUUCUUUUCAAGCCACUUAAAAAAAUAAUUCUACGAAAAAAUAAUUACGAAAAAAUUACCAUAAAAUUCUUAGAAAUAGAUCUCCUAAUGUUAAACUAUUAAAAUGACAUUAAUAUUAGCCAUUCUUGAAAUAAAUAAUUUACUCGAGUUUACGAGAAUCGCUUCACCUUCGCAAAGCAAAAAAUUAAAGAUGCGUCAGAUAAAUUUUGAUGUGGUCUUAAUGGGAUUGACGUGAUAUUAUCUUUCGUUAUCAUCAAAUUCCGAAACGAUCGAAGCUACCAAAUUACUAAAAAAGUAUUACAUGCGAGACAUGGUUCUUCUGUACAAACGUCUUCACAUGAUUGAUUCGAUUUUAUAAUAUAUAUAUCAAUGUGACUCAUAAAUAUUUGUUGCUAUCCAUCUAUCUUGCAUGAUAAGAAAAUAACAUUAAAGAUAAAACAGAUUAUUAUGAAGAGACUCUACAUAGACUCAUUAUAAAAAUUUACGUAUAUCUUUUAGAAAUAUUCAUUGUAAAGUAAUAUCGAUAUUCUCGAACAUUUUGCAGGAGCGGAAAAAAAUUAUAUUGAAUUAUAAAAAUAAUUUUUUAUUUUGUAACUAGAGUAAUAAUCAUAUGUAAUUAAUAGAGAAAUAAUUAUCCGAAAAAUUUAAUAUUUCUUUAAUAAUUAUGUAAUAAUAUUUUUUAAACAUGAUUGUACAUUACGUUUUUUAAAAAAGUAACUCUGAUUUUUUAAAUGCAAAAUUGCAUAUAAUUAUAAUAUUAUAUUACAUGUUUUAUUUUUAAUGCUAUUUCCUUAUUAAGUGCAAAAAUGAAUUGAUAACAAAAAUUUAUAUACAGGUAAAGUAACAUCAUUAUAAAAUCAAAUCAAUCAUGUGAAGGAUAUCCUCUUGCAUUUUUCUAAUUUAAAUACAUUCAAAUACAUAUAACAUAUUUUACUUGUGACUUGAUAGUUUCGAUUGUUUCGGAGUUCGAUGAUCGCGGACGGAAGAUGACAUCGCGUCAAUCCCAUUAAGAUCACAUCGAAAAUUUUUAAUUUUUAUGCUUCGAGAAGAUGAAGUGACUCUUGUAAACUCGAGUGAAUUAUUUAUUUCGAGAAUGGUUAAUAUUAAUGUCAUUUUAAUGGUUUAACAUCAGGAGAUCUAUUUGUAAAAAUUUUAUAGUACAUUUUGUAUAAUUGUAGACUUAUUUUUCUAAUGAUUUGAAAAGAGAACUUUCAAUCUUUUGAUACUUCUUUGAUUUAUCUCUUAUUCAUCUCUUGCUCUUAUCUCGAUUUUUUUAAAUUUGACUGUUUUUGAAAUAACGAGAUUUUUCUAAAUUUAAAAUAACUGAUUAGAUUUAUUUACGAUGUCUUCAUUUUGAGUGUUAUCUUUCAAUUCGGCACAAUUUGCAAUGAGAGAAUGUAUAUAAAUAUAUAAGCCAUCACGGAUGGAUUGAUCCCGAUUUUCAAAAAUUAAAGCCACGAGAAAAAUGUGUAAAUAUAUAUAUAUAUAUAUAUAUAUAUAUAUAUAUAUAUAAAUAUAUACAAUAUUUUUUGUGAUUUUUUGAGCUUUGGUUAAUGAAAUAAUUUCACGAUUCUUACGAUUUGUCAAAUUCGUCUUUUUUUACCAUUAAAAUUCAACAUGCAACUAGUUGCAUCAAUCGGUUAUCAUUUGACAAUCUCCUUCUUUUUUCCAAGUUUAAUCAUUUUUUUAUAUUUAAAAAUGAUCAUGAUUAAUAUAUAAUUCAUUUAAUCGAAUAUAUUAAAAUAUCUAUAUCAAUAUUCGAAAACGUGUUAAAAUGACAAAGUAUUUCAGAUAUACAAUUUUACUAUAAUUUUUAAUAUACGGCGAUAAAAUUACGCUAAUCAGAUUUUAAUAUUGACUGAAAUUAACGCGAAUCUAAGACAAUUGGUUCACACAGUCUAUUAGUAUGUUAAACCAAUCGAUUUUUUUUUCGAAUAUUAUAAUUACAAUCUUUUUGUCUUUUUUUUUUAAUACGUUGUUGAUGCAAUGGACUCUGAUUAUACAAAUCAGCAUAUAUACAACGUUGGGAACAUAAAAGAUAAUGAAGUAUUAGAUAUACAUAUAAUAGUGUAAUCAUAUAUCCAGAAUUAUUUCAUUAAUUAGUUCUGAAGACGAUAACAUACGUAGGUUAUCUGAUAUUCUGUGCAAGAUAUUUGGAAUUAUAUAUGAAAUACAAAGUA